AUGAGUCCAGACGAGCUGGUCUCCAUUAGCAAGAAAAUGUUUUAUGGAGGAUUGGCAUUUCUUCCCUUUUUAUGGCUGGUGAAUUUCAUGUACCUGUUUCAAACGAGUCGAAAGCCAUCUGCACCACCCGAUCUAAAAAAGUACGUUUAUUUAUCGUUGGCUGGGUGUGUAGCCUGGUUUGUUGUCUUGACAACGUGGUAUGCAGUCUAUGUCAACAAGCGGACGGCGUGGGGAGCAGCUGGCGAUCAAAUUACAGUCGUUAUACCUAAAGGCGAAUAA